CUCCCCCCUUCUCCGACGAUGUUCUCCUCGUUUUUGACUCUCGCGGUUCUCGCGUCUGGUGCCCUCGCCCAGACGUUCAUGAUCAACACCCCGACGUCGGCGGUGCAGUGCCAGCCCGUCCUCCUCAGCUGGCAGGGUGGAGCUCCCCCCUACUUCCUGAGCGUCCUCCCCGGCGGACAGCCCAGCGCCGCCGCUCUUGAGGAUCUCGGUGAACAGACCGGUACCUCGCUCACCUGGACAGUCGAUAUCGCGGCCGGCACUUCCCUCGGCCUGACCCUCCGCGACUCGACCGGUGCCCUCGCGCAGUCCGGUCAGUUCACCGUUCAGGGCUCUUCCGAUAGCUCGUGCAUUGGCAAAAACUCGCUCUCGUCCAGCGUUGCCGGUUCGUCGACUGCUGCCUCUGGCUCGUCCACCUCUGGCUCGGCAGCCGGUACGUCCUCUGCGGUUUCGACCACCGUAUCGACACCCGCCGCAACUUCUUCGGCAGUGACCACCACCGCCGCCGCGACCUCGGCGCACUCGACUUCGACUGCCCCCUCAAGCGCCGCCACCUCGAAGGCUUCCACCCCCGGUUCUUCGGCUGCUGCCGGCACGUCCUCCAGCGCCGCUGCGCCCACCACCAGCAGCUCGGCAGCCGCCCCGACCAACGUUGCGCAAUUCGGUGCCGCCGCCGUCCUCGGCGCUGCCGUUGCUGCCAUGCUCGCUUAAAGAGCGCAAUCAACAAACUAGCGCGUCUCGCGUACGGACCUUAUCCUCUCCCCUCCUAUCUCUGUUUUCCUCAUCCUCAGAGGCACUCUCGCGUGUGUUGUGAGCGGAUAUACCCUCUCGCGUUCCUGUCCCUUUUCGGUUUUUCGAGCGGUUUGGCCAAAGCUUCCCUAAUAUACGACAUCUUUCCAUCUCAACACCCCAGAAAGUACCGUGUAGCCUGCAUAGGCGCUCCGGAUGUAAUGUUGAUUUUGCACAUAAUACGAGACGAGCUUUCCGCG